AUGUCUAGGGGGCAUGGCUUGUCUAUAGAGGAGCAGCUGAGGGUACUGCAGGAGCAGAGCUGCACUGAGUGGGGGGCCCCCCUGGGGGCCCCCCUGGGGGGCCCCCAAGCAACAGCAGCAGCAGCAGCAGCAGCAGCAGAUGAUGAGGAUGAUGGGGGGGGGCCCAAAAACAGCAGCAGCAGCAGCAGCAGCAGCAGCAGCAAGAGGAGCAGCAGACAACAGAUGCAGCAGCAGCAACCCCUCUCUGCUGCUUCUAUUCGCAAGCGUAGAAAACAGCAGCAGCAGCAGCAGCAGCAGCAGCAGCAGCAAGAGGAGCAGCAGACAACAGAAGCAGCAGCAGCAACAGCAGCAGCAGCAGCAGCAGCAGCAGCAGCAGAUGAAGAUGAAGACAAGCUGCUAGCAGCAGCAGCAGCAGCACUACAACCCCCCACCCAUUUCUUCGACAUCAGCCACUUGCCUUUCCUUUCUCUGCUGCCCCCCCGCAGCAGA